CAGUGGUUUCUCCCAGAAAACGAUUGUGCUAAUGGAGAUUCUGGGGAAGUUCAAAGGUGUGAGAAGGGGAAGUUCCAGCAGCCAGAGGAGAUUUCUCCUAAGUUAGAAUCAAGACUCAGUGAUUUCUCCCAGAAAACUGUUGCUCUAAUGGAGACUCUCAGGAAGUUCAAAGACACUCUGCCGUCUGCACUAGAGUCAAAAAGAGAAGGAUCCAUAGGAGCAUUCAGACAGGCGCAUGUGACUCUGGAUCCAAACACAGCUCAUCCCCAACUUGUCCUGUCUGAGGAUCGGAAAAGUGUGAGACGGAGAGACACACAGCAGAAUCUACCCAACAACCCUGAGAGAUUUGACUGUUGGGCCUGUGUGCUGGGCUGUGAGGGAUUCACCUCGGGGAGACAUUGCUGGGAGGUGGAGAUGGUGGAUGGGGGAGGAUGGGCUGUGGGGGUGGCCAGAGAGUCUGUGGGGAGGAAGGGAUGGAUCAGACAUAGCCCUGAGGUGGGGAUCUGGGCUGUGGAGCCAUCUGUCCUGGGCUGUGGAGGGUCAGCCGGGCCCCCAGCAGGAUCCGGGUUUGUCUGGACUGUGACUGGAGACAGGUGACAUUUAUUGAUGCUGGUGAUGAGGUCCCGAUCUUCACUUUCCCGCUGGGCUCUGUCCCUGGGGAGAGAAUUCACCCCUGGCUGUGGGUGUGGCUGGGAUCCCAGCUCACAAUGUGUCCCUGAGCGGGGACGGGGAGGAAUAUCUCAUUGGGGAACCAGACAUCAACCUUUCUAACCUCACACAACCCAGUCUCUAUGACCUUGGAGGACUCCUGUUUACCCAGCUCCUGGCUCCUCAUCUCUAUGACCUGUGGAAGCCCCUCCCCUUUCUUGCAGGCUCAAAGAUGGGAGGGGGAAGAACC